AUGUGCUGUUGUACAAGGUUACAUCGUCAUCAAAUUCACUUGAUCAGGUUAGUCUCGAAAGUUAGAGAGAUAGAGAGCUAGAGUGUUAGAAAACCAAAAGGCUAGAGUCAGAUCACUAGAGAGACUAGAGAGCCAGAGAGUUAAAUUGUGAAUAUGAGAAAACACUACCUUCGAAGUUUUUGUAAAUCAAAGUUAAACUAACUUUUUUCACAUUGAAAUUCUUUCUCUCCUGGUGGUCCUUCUCUUACAAUUAAAAUAUAAUUUCAUUUGAACAUUCUGAAUUUUUAGAAUUUCGAAAAUUUGUCUUGCAACUUGAAAUGUUUGAUUUUGAGUUUCAGAAAAAAAGGAACGAUUUUCAGGUUUUGAAAUCUAUGUUAUUUGCGAACAUAUUAUUUUUAAACCGAAAUUCUAGAAUUUCCUAUCUCUUGAAGCUCAAUGAAUUCAGAUUUAUUGGAUAAGAGUUCACAAUACACCGUGAACACAUUCUGAAAAUAACCUAGUUUUUUUUUAAUUUUGAAAAAAAAACCUCUUCUUUUCUAUUUCCUACUAUUCUAAAAAUACCCCAGACAUAAAAAAAUAUAUUAUUCGAAAUAAAACUUUCAUUCACCCCUCAUGAUUUCCGACCUCUGUACAAAGAAAAAUAUUUUCCGCUCAAAAAACCUCAUGACACACAGCCGCCACAAAACUUUUUGCUUGAUCAUUAAACUUUUUCACCACGAAAAAAUCCGGAAAUUCGAUAAUCUGCACCGCAUAACCUUUUUUCACCUCCUCUCCGCGCAACAAACUACAAUGUACUUUUUUUGAAAUAAAAAGGACCACCCAGUUUUUUUGAAUUUGACAAACUCUCAAAUAUCCCAGUAUCUAAACAAAAAGUUCUACAGGGCUGGGCUCAAAAUUGAAAAAAUUCAAACAUUUCUGAAAACCGAAGAUCAUUUGAAAGUUGAGCCUACUAAACUUUUUUGACAGAAGUCUGAAAAAAAUUUAUCGGAUCAUUUUUAUAUGAAAAAUUCUCAAAAACUUUUUUUUCGUAAAUUUUUUGUCAAUACUGAAGAAAAAUAGUUAAUUUUUGCAGUUAUGGUAUCGUGUCAGCGGGACUUAUAACAACGGGUUUAGUCUUCACAGUGUUUGCUAUAUUUCAAAAAGAGUCACAAAUUGGUAAAGUUUGGCUGGCUGGUCCAACAACAAUGGUGGUGGGUUUGGUGUUGGCUGGAAAAGUAGUAAUCGAUUGGGGACCAGCAAUGUUGCAUGCGAGAGAAGGAUCUAUAGAUUCUAGGCUGUUUGAUCAGGUAAUUCUUUUAGGUUCAAGAAAACAGAAAGUUCAUAAAACCUCACCAAAAUUCUUUUCCAGCUGAGUCAGCCUGCUCAAUUUGCACCCGAACCUUUACGACACCCACAAAUGCGAAUCGAACACGAGCCCAAAUGUAAUGGCACCGCAAGUGGUAGCAAUAUGGUGCAAUAUAAUCAUAGCUCAUCCAACACCACAGUACACUCACCAAUUGGUGGAUAUUCACCACAUCAACAACCCACUAUUCAUCAUUAUAUACAUAGUCCAAUGUCAGAAAAUGGUAUUCCUCGAAUGGUUGCAAGUGGAUCUGGAAGAAUACCAAAGAAUUCAGUCGAUUGUAUACCUAGGAAUAUAGAAAUGGAUCAUUCAAUGAAUCACCGUUGUGGUAGUGGAGGAAUGUCAAUGAAUGAUCAACAUUGUAUGAUUUAUUCACAGUAUAAUUCACCGCUCAAUAAAUUUGUGGUGAGUUUUGAUGUAUGAAAACUUUGAAAACCACUCCAGGUGUUGAUUUUUUCCUAAAAUCUGAUAUCAUUUUACUUUCAUGUUUUCUAUAAGACAUUAUGUAUCUAAAAACCUUCAGAAAUGAAAAAGACACUAUUCUCUGAUAUUCAGCCACCAAAUGCAAACUUUCUAGAUGAUAUUUUUACGUUGUGAAAAUCCUGAUUUCGCCAGUGAUCCCAAAUCAGAGUUAAGCACAAAAAACCAGAAUUCAACGCUCAACCCGAGUGGAAAUUGUUUGAUAUUUUUUCAGUACCAUAACAAUGAUAGAAGUUAUUCAAUUCCUCGCCAAAUCAACAAUCAUCCAAAAUGUCAUUCACCUCGACGAUCUCGUCCUUCUUUAGCCUAUGCCUAUUCAAAUCAUCAUCCUUCUACACAUUAUAAUGAACAUACGAAUAUACCAAUGAAUGAUGUGAGUUUUUGAAUUAUAUAUGGAUUUUUUGUGGUGUGUGAUAGAAUUUUUGUGAUCUGUGUUUUGAAAAACAUAAUUUUGAUUGAUGAGAAUUUACAUAAUGAGAAGAAUAAAAAUUUCUUGAAUAGGAAUUGUACUGAACAUAACCUUUUUAGAUUUCUAGAUAGAAUACGGUAGGCGAAAAAUCAAAAAAAUUGGAAGGUAGAAUUUCUCUUUGAGGUUUUUCAUGAAAAUAAGACAUUUACAUAAUUUUCUAUUUUUUCUUCAUUGCCGGAAAUACAAAAAAAAUUGGUUCAGAAUAUUUGGAACAAUUGAAUUUUCUUCAAAAAAUUCACUGAUCAUGUUGUAAAUCAUAAUUUUUAUGAAUGAAUUUUUUCCUUUGAAAUCUUCACUAGAAAAAUUCUAAAUAAAUGUCGUGAACCCUCUAGCAAAAACAAUAUGAAUAAUGUUGUCAACAACCAGUUCAGCAGACAUGCGAAUGCACCCAAUACGGUUCGAUGCUCCGCCGCACCACAUCACCACCAUCAUCGCUCACCAAUGAUAGUUGUAUCGGAAGCGGCGGGAAUGGCGCCGGCGGCGGAUCAGCCGCCACCACAUCGUCCACCACAAACAAUACAACACCAACACCAACCCAAACAAAUGCACCAUAUCAAGGAGAGUCAUUUGUGCUCAAUGAACGCAGCUAUCUUAUAUAG